UCUCUUAUGGUACGUCCCCAAUUUAGCAGUAUUUAAGGGGGGUGUAUGUAACGGUGUUAAUAAAGUGCUCCAUAUAGUUAUUGUUAAAUCCUGCUAAAUGGGUCAAGACUUUUAUUUUGGAAUUAUUCUGUACAGUAGUUGCAUUGUGGGUGUCCUGCAGCAGAAGGGAAGUUAACUGCUGCAGGUAAGCUUGGCAAAUGAGGGUCCGCAUUAAAAGUCAUUAAAAGUGUUAUAAAUUGUAUUAUAUAUGUCCUAUAUCUAUUGUUAAAAUCAUUAUGUAUGUUCAUCCACAUAACUCGCGUUUCAGCGAUGUUUUGUAUUGUCUUGUAACUUUUAUUUGGUUUUGUAUUUUCGGUUGACCUUGAAGCACGAUCGUAUGGCUUUAGUGCAAAUUUUAAUAUCACAUUUAUUUUGUUCAGGCGGACCAGAUCUCACUGUCUUCCCUCAUGUUGUAUUUCCUGACCCAUGCAGCUGAGCCGCAUCAGAGGGAUCAGAGAGCCGCAUGGGGCUCCGGAGCCGCGGGUUGCCGACCACUGCACUAGAACUAGACCAGGAGAAGAGGACCAAGUUGCUGAAGAAAGCUCUUGGAGGCUUCUGCUGUGUGUCACUGGUCUGCUAUGUGGGUCUCUGGAUCAGAAGCUUGACCCUCAUCAUGAAGCUGCUGCGGUUUCUGGUGUCUGGGUCCUUGGCCUGUGCUGGGGGAACCCACUGGUACCUGUUUCUGAAGCCCAGCCUGUUCUCUCUGGAGUCACUGUGGCCCACAGAACCACUAGAAGUGGACCAGAAGAAGAGGAACAAGGUACCGAAGAAAGGUUUCAGUAGGGAGAAAAUCCCUGAGAACCUGGAUGCCAUCGUCAUCGGCAGCGGUCUUGGAGGCCUGACUACGGCUGCUUGUAUGGCCAAAAAGGGGAAGAGGGUCCUGGUUCUAGAACAACACGACACGACUGGUGGAUGCUGCCACACCUUCACGGAGAAAGGCUUUGAAUUUGAUGUUGAUAUCCAGACACAUGCCCAAAUGAUGAAACCUGGCAAAGCUUGCGUGCUCCUUUUCUGUGGUUUCGAUGGCACUGCUAAAGAGCUCGACAUCACGCCAACCACUUUAUGGCUCUUCAAGGAGAACGACAUAGACAAAUCGAUGGAUAAAUUAUUUGCUAUCACCUUCCCAUCUGCCAAAGACCCUGCCUCUAAAAUCAGACACCCAGGUAAAUCCUGCAUGACUGUCCUGACCAUGGUGAACUACGAGUGGUUCGAGGAGUGGAAGGACUCAACGGUUAGGAAGAGAGGAGACGACUACACAGAGUACAAGAACAGAUUCGCUGACCACCUCUUUAACUGGGCCUGCGAGCAUUUCCCUAAGAUCAAAGACAAGGUGGUGUACCAGGAGAUAGCCACACCACUCUCCAAUGAGCACUACCUGAGAGCAUUCAGGGGGCCCCGUACUCUGGCGAGCACACCCUAGAACACUUUGACCCAGUGUUAAUGGUCAAGAACCGCUGUGACGCAUGCG